GAUCAUUUCAAUGGGCCUCGCCUGAAUACAUUUCUGACGAAUCAAAAAUGAAGGAACAUUAUAAAGAUCAGCCAGAUCUUUCAGACAUUUAUAGCUAUGGAUUAGUUGUAUGGGAAAUUUUAACGAAUGGAAAAGAACCGUAUGAUGGCUUGGACAGUGAUGAAAUUAAAGAAGCUAAGCUUUCCAAAAAAAUUGAUGAAUUAAUUGAUGAACUUAAAGAAAAAGAUACUCCGGGUGGAUUAAGAAAAAUUGUAGAAAAAUGCUGCAUCUAUAAUCCUCCUGAUCGUAUCGCCUUGGAAGAAAUUGAACUUCUCUUAUCAGAUUUUAAAUAA